AUGACUGUUAGUGCUACAAAACUCUAUGGGUACUAUCCAAACAAAGCUAUGUCGUUAGUCCCAGGCUCCACUACCAGUGGCUGGGACUUCUUCAACUACACGCCGACCAAGGGCGGUGCCAUUGCCGUUGCAGCCGUGUUUGGUGUGUUUUUGUUCGUACUUCUAUACCAAGUCAUCUACUACUGUCAUCAAGCUAAGAGAAUCUCUAGCCUACGUCUAAACCACAUCGCGUACAAAUACAUCCCAUUGUUGGUCGGUGCCGUCUUUGAAAUUAUUGGUUAUGCGGGCAGAGCCAGUGCUGCAGAUGAUGUUUUCUCGAUCGGUCCAUACAUUAUCCAAGCCAUUUUCAUUUUGGUCGCUCCUGCCCUAUCUGUUUUAUUUAUUUUUGAUUUAAUAAUUUUAAUAAUAAAUGAACCUUUACUAUCAAUAAAUCCUGAUAAUCAAGGAUUAUCUCAUAAAUUAAAAUUAACAAUAGGUUUAAUUGGUAAAUUAAAUUCUUUAUCAUAUUCUAUAUCUAAUAAUUGUUUAUAUUUAGAUAAACCUAAUAAUUUACCAUUAAUUAAUUCAAAUACUCUUUUUCUUGCAUUUUUAUUAUCAAAAAUUAAUUUAAUAUUAAUAUUUCUAUUUAUAUUAGCCGCGACUUUUUCACACUGUGAAAAAGUCGCGGCAUUUGUAUUAAUAUUAGUAUUAGUAUUAGUAUUUGAAUAUUUUAUAACUCUACCAUCUGCCGCUACAAUUUACAUGGUUUUCCACGCCAUGUUGUGGCAACUAAAGUGUGAACGUAUCUCUUUCAUCCCACCUAGAUAUGCCACCACCACCUUUGUGUGUGGUGAUGUGUUAAGUUUCAUCUUGCAAGGUGCCGGUGGUGGUCUUUCUUCCGGUGACAACACUAGAGAUUUGGGUAACGAUGUCAUUCUAGGAGGUCUUGCAGUGCAAUUGGUCUUCUUCGGCUUUUUCAUCAUCACUGAAGUCAAGUUUUUGCUGAUGGUCAGCAAGAGAAGUCCAAUGGUCUCCAGAAUAUCUAACCACUGGAAGGUUCUCAACUGGACGCUUUUGUUAGUCAGUCUUUUGAUUCUUGGUAGAUCUAUCGUCAGAUUCGUUGAAUUUGCCGAAGGUACCGAUGGUGUCAUUAUCUCCCACGAAUGGUACCUAUACGUUUUCGAUGCUCUAUUCAUGCUUGUUUGUUACUUGUUGUUCAUAGUCAUGUUCAAGUACGGUAACAUCUUCCAAGUCUUCGUCGAAUGUGGCAAGGCCGACUCAGAACCAAUCUUGUACGGUGACACCGAAUCGUACAACAACCAGAAGGAAAUGGGUUUCGCAUAA